ACCCUCCCUGUUCUUCCUGCUCUCAGACACACCUUGAAGCUGGUGGAGCAACAUCUGCUGGAGGUGAAAGCUGAUUGGCUGCAGCCUCUCUGCUCUGACACGUGAUUCGUAGAUCAGAGCUCAGAGCUGUUGCUGUUUUCAGGAAAUAAAACUCACACAGUCACUGUGACCGAGAGGAGAAAUGGAGCAGAACCAGCUGGACCGAGAAACCUUCUCCUGUUCAAUCUCUCUGGAUCUACUGAAGGAUCCGGUGACUAUUCCCUGUGGACACAGCUACUGUAUGAAAUGUAUUAAAAACUUCUGGGAUGGAGAGGAUCAGAAAGGAAUCCACAGCUGCCCUCAGUGCAGGGAGACCUUCAUACCGAGGCCCGUUCUGAAGAAAAACACCAUGUUAGCAGCUUUAGUGGAGCAGCUGAAGAAGACUGGACUCCAAGCUGCUCCUGCUGAUCUCUGCUAUGCUGGACCUGAAGAUGUGGCCUGUGAUUUCUGCUCUGGAAGAAAACUGAAAGCCAUCAAGUCCUGUUUAGUCUGUCUGGCCUCUUUCUGUGAGAAACACCUUCAGCCUCAUUAUGAUGUGGCUCCACUAAAGAAACACAAGCUGGUGGAGCCCUCCAGGAACCUCCAGGAGAACAUCUGCUCUCGCCACGACACAGUGUCAGCUGCAGCAGAAAGGACUGAGAGGCAGAGAGAGCUGGAGGUGAGACGAGAAAACAUCCAGCAGAGAAUCCAGGACAGAGAGAAAGAUGUGAAGCUGCUUCAACAGGAGCUGGAGGCCAUCAAGCACUCUGCUGAUAAAACAGUGGAGGACAGUGAGAAGAUCUUCACUCAGCUGAUCCGUCUCAUCCAGAAAAGAAGCUCUGAUGUGAAGCAGCAGAUCAGAUCCCAGCAGGAAACUGAAGGGAGUCGAGUCAAAGAGCUUCAGGAGAAGCUGGAGCAGGAGAUCACUGAGCUGAAGAGGAAAGACGCUGAGCUGAAGCAGCUCUCAGACACAGAGGAUCACAACCAGUUUCUCCACAACUACCCCUCACUGUCAGCACUCAGUGAGUCUACACACUCAUCCAGCAUCAAGAUCCGUCCUCUGAGCUACUUUGAGGAUGUGACAGCAGCUGUGUCAGAGCUCAGAGAUCAACUACAGGACAUCCUGAGAGACGCACGGACAAACAUCUCACUGAGACUCACUGAGGUGGAUGUUUUACUGUCAGAACCAGAACCAAAGAGCAGAGCUGGAUUCUUGAGAUUUUCAUGUGAAAUCACACUGGAUCCAAACACAGCAUACAGUUAUCUGUUACUAUCAGAGGGGAACAGGAAGGUGACAAGGAUGAAACAACCUCAGUCUUAUUCUAGUCAUCCAGACAGAUUCACUGAUUAUCUUCAGGUUCUGAGUAGAGAGAGUCUGACUGAACGUUGUUACUGGGAGGUGGAGUGGAGAGAGAGAGUUUAUGUAGCAGUCGCAUACAAGAAUAUCAGCAGAGCAGGAGAUGAGAGUAUAUUUGGAGCUAAUGACAAAUCUUGGGCAUUAGAUUGUUCCCAAGGAGGUUAUAAAUUUGGUCACAACGACAUCUGGACCUCCAUCUCAGGUCCUGGUUCCUCCAGAGUAGGAGUGUACCUGGAUCACAGAGCAGGUAUUCUGUCCUUCUACAGCGUCUCUGAAACCAUGACUCUCCUCCACAGAGUCCAGACCACCUCCACUCAGCCUCUACAUGCUGGGGUUUAUGUUGAAGGUUCUGCUGAGUUCUGUAAACCCAAAUAGACAGAAUCCACUGAAUGUUCAGUGAGUUUGAUUCUGGUUUUUAAAUCUCCAGCAGAUUAUUUUCUUGAUCGUUGUUGUUUUAUGUCUAAACUGCACAGAAAUCAAU